GUAUGUGACAGCAAACAGUGACCACCUAUCUAUGGACACAUGGACGUCAUAUAGAUGCUGGUAACUCUGGUUGGUUAUACACUACUGUAUUAAGACAAUUAAGACAUUAUGCCAACAUUCUGGUUGAUAUUCAUUGCUUCUACACUUGGUAUCGACUCUGCACGUGGAACAUGUGUGGCGGACUGUGACUGGAGUGUGGGAGAGUGGGGAGGAUGCAGUAGAUCUUGUGGUGGAGGGUACCAAACCAGGAACCGAACACGUUGUUGUCAUGACAACGAGUCCACGGAAGCAUGCCAGGAACGAUGCCAGAGCAAGUCCGUUGGCGAUGUACCCGAUACCAACAGAUCGUGCAACAAGUUCUGCUUCAAUGGAGGGACGUUUGAUGAAGACACCAGUCUGUGUAGGUGCAAACAGGGAUGGACAAGCACCUGCUGCCAAGAAGCUCCAGACGCUGGUAGAUACAAGUGUGAAGAAGUGCCCAAUGCAUCAUCCACUGACGACAUUAAUCAGAACCAACAACAGCGGGAGCUUUUACCUGAAGAAUUUACCGGAUACAGAUUUUUUGUGCUGACCGGAAGUAAUGAUAACCCAAGCUGUAGUCUGCUGCGUAUGUACAUUGAGGGAGAGAGAGGGUCAGCAUCUGGGACAUGUCUUCAUCCCUCUAGGCCAGCCUUGUGGAUGCCUGGGAAAACUGGAGAUGACAUUACAGCACAGAUAGGAAAUAUCAAAUUGAUAUUUUUCGAGCCGGAUACAGGUUGUGCCUGGCGACCAGCUGGAGUGACAAUGACAAACAUCCAAUCGUCACAAAGUCAGUAUUUCUCCUGUGCCCAGUCGGUUGAAGAAUCUAUACGGACCAUUAGGAGGGUUCGAGCAGCUUUCAAUAGAAGAAUCGAAGUAAGAACUUUUACAAGCGACAUUUAUCUUGCUGGCACGGACUCUGACUUGUUUGUGACGGUGCAUGGUCGGACUGGAUCCAGCAAUGAAAAGAGACUCUCUGGGUCGUUUGAAAGGAAUGAUCGUGAUGACACGAAUAUGGACAUUGGAGAUAUAGGACGACUCUAUAAAGUGAGAAUACGCUCAGACAACAGUGGAUGGCUCUCCGGCUGGCAUCUUAAUAAGAUUGCAAUCUAUGAAGAUCACGGAGCACUUGAAUUUCAAUGCAACUGUUGGAUUGGCGGAUCGGACCCACUGGAGAAAACACUCACAGUCGAUACUGAGUGUCGAAGCAUCGACUAUUGUGGCAGCCAACGGUGCUAUACCUGCUCAGCGUGCCUUCCUUCAGAUUCAAGAUACUUUUAUAGACACAUCUCUUACGCCAACAAGUGCUAUCGAUGCCAAUUCAUUGCAAACUGUCAAAGGAUGGAGGAGUGUGGUUGCAAUGACUGCCAGGUGUGCUCAAGAUGUGAGGGCAUUGUGAUAGAUACACCUGGGCACAGAGCAUACGUCGCUUCAAAUGACAGAAAACACUGUAGAAAGGCAUGUUCAUGGCGUCCUGACAGCACGUGGUGUUACCCGGGGACCUGCCAGGAGGAACUGGCCAGUAACUGCAUCUGCUCUCCUGGAUUCAGUGGUUCAAACUGUCAGAACAUUGACACACCACCCGUAAUAUCGUGGAACAGAAUUGUUGUGCACGGCCAAGGUAACGAAACGGCCGAGGCUCCAGUCGACCCGAAUAACGCAGAGGCCCAGGAAGACUCGUGGACAAACCUGAAGAACAUCCACAACAUCAACUAUGAUUUUCACACAAGCUUCAUCCCUUCUGGGCUGCAGCCCAGCAGGCAUAACUUCAUAGAUGGUUACAAAGUCGGCAUAAAACGGGGAAAAGUGACAAUAACCAUUUUCAAAGGAUUAAUUACCUCUUUUUCAACGGUCAUUAACUGUGAGAAUGUUUCUGAGCUUGCCCCACAUAGAGGUCUCUUCAAAUGCUUUGGAGAUGUCAAUGUGACUUCAUCGGAGCUGACAACAGGGAAUGUAGUGCAGUUUCAGUUUGUCACCUCAAGCGGCGGGUUUGUGAAGGUCAAGAACAUGGAAAACAACAAAGUGCAGACACACUACUAUGCUGGUCAGUCGAAGACAGCAACAAUGAGAAUAGGUAUCGACUAUGUGAAUCCAUAUCACUGCAAUGCAACUUGGGAGUGUUCCGCUGAUAUGCUCAUUGUUGGCAAGACAAGUAAACAGCCAUCAUUUAACGUUCAGUGGAAUGGAUGGAGAGACGACACAUCUGGCAUACGAUCAUUUGAAUUCCAAGUAUUUGAAAUGGAGUUUAUCGUCAGUGAAGAUGGUCUCAGGAUAAAAAAAUAGAAAACUCAUACAAAGAUUAAAUUCCACUCAGAACACUGGCAGACUGCACCUCAAUGACAAGGGGAUAUUCUCCGUAGAAAUUACUGCGAUUGACAAAGCUGGAAACAUUAAAAGUGCCAGA